CAACUCAAAACUUUAUAAGUUCCACUAAUUUCAUUUCAUUUCCUACACUUUUAAGAUGACCAAGAAAGUGGUGUUGAACGUACAAGUUCGUAAUGAAAAGGAGAGGCAAAAGGCAAUUGAAGCAGUUUCUAGCCUUUUAGGCAUCGAGUCUCUUGUUAUGGACAUGGAGGAGAAAAAAUUAACAGUGAUUGGGAAUGUUAAUCCAGUUGACGUAAUGGCCAAAUUGAAGAAAUUUAAGAACAAAGAGUUGCUGAGUGUGGGCCCAGCUAAGGAGCCCAAAAAGAAAAGUGUUCAUGAGAAGAAGAAACAUGUGAAUUGGCCCAAAGAACGUGAGCCAAUAGCUGAGCCCAUUACGCUUCAAAAGUACUAUCCUUGCUGCACACAUCACUACUAUGUCCACAGCUUCGAGGAGAACCCAAAUUCCUGUGUUAUUUGCUAAUUAUGUAAUUAUCAUUAUCAUUAUCUUUGUUAUCAUCA